AUGACCUCCCAUUCUCUGGUCUCCGGUGGUCCAAAACCUACUCUCCGUACCAAAAUCUCGAUCAAAGACUCUUCAACAUGUCCUGUCCUCCUUUCCAUGGAUUAUGACUUUAGUUCCAGUGAGGAUACUACAGAAUUCGAUGAUGCUGUUGAUGAAAGUGAAAAUUUUACAUCUUCUGAUGAUGAUAGUAACAAAGAAGAUGGCAGUAGUGGUCCAGUGAAGAAUAAACGAAUGGAUGAUGAUUUAAGUAUAUCAGAAUUGAAAUAUAAGAAACAAAGGGUUUCAAAACCGAAUUUGAAGGAGGAGAACAUUAAAUUGAAAGCAACAGAUUUAAAAGUACAUACAGUUGGUAGGAAGAUUUGUGAUAAAAAUGUAAAAGCAAAAGGAAAAGCAAGUUCUUGUAAUUUAGUGAAAGAUGUAAAGAUGGAGUCUUCAACUCAAAAAAUACAGGAAGGUGAAGAAUCUCACAAUAGAGAUGUUUUAUCCCCGACAUCAUUUGAAAGAAAUGAUUUGGUCCAUACUUAUAAUCAUUUUCCUCCUAUGCAACAUCCUUUUUAUAAUCAUAUCCAGCAACAGCAGAUGUUAAACUUGACAUAUCCAUAAUACUUGCCAAUAAAUCAGAAUUUUCGUUUGAUGAACAUGGCUGGUGCAUCUGGUUGGUCUGACUUACUUCAAAAUGUUAUGAAUGGUGGCACUGAACCAAGUAAAAAAUCAGGGUAGAAAACGGUGAUUUCCGAGGUGCAGAUGCUAAAUUUGACAAGCAAAAAUGGUCUUCGGUUGACUAUAAAGGGCGUUCAGACAAUGUUAUCAGUUGGAGAUGCAAAAUUAUUAGUGAAGUCUGAAAUUUUAACAUAUUUAAAUUUGAUGUAUUGGGAUAAAAUGAUAUUGAGUCAUA